ACUGAACCCAUUUGUAUCAGCAACAAAUAACUCUUGGAAUAAGAUUAAAUUUUGUUGUCGCCAACAUUACAAAAUAAGUCAAACUAGUACACAUGUUUUACUAAAUUUGUUUCUUUGAAUUAAAGGACGUUUACAUUGGAUUGGAUAGAACCUAUUUCGGACCUGGAGUAUCCACUAUUAUGACAGCAGUUCAAGCAACAGACAAAAAGGGUGAAUACCAGAUGUAAAACAGUAACAUAUCUCACAUACCCGAGGUCAAUGAGACGCCGGCAUAUAUAUAUGACCUAAAUAUAUAUAUGGUACUUCUGUCACUCAUUGGAACUAUCUAAAAUGGGUUCAGGAUUUUCCAAUGAACAAGAAAAGACAAGGGCUAAAGCAAAAAUAAAAGCUGUUGCGAAGCUGAACAAACACACAGCAGAGGAAACGUAUCAUAGUGCUAAAAAAUCGGAACUACAGGAAAUGAUAUGGCAAUCUAAAAUGUGUAAAGAUAACGUAGCUACAAAUGAUGACCAAAAUAGUGAUAAUCACAAACGAAUCCGACAACCAUCUUUGCAAGGCCCUGAAUUGCAUAGAAUCGAUUCAGAACUAAGAAUAAUGACUCACCAUGAUGACAAAUGUUUCUUAUGCGAUGAGUACAUACAAAAUGCUCACCUUGGAUACCCCUGUAGAGUUUGUACAAGAAUCUUUCACAAGGAAUGCUUAGAGAAAAGUGGUCAAUUGACAUCGGGGGAUUUACGUCUACUGACACUGGCCCAUACAAAUAACGGAUGGAGCUGUUAUGAUUGUUCAAACAUGUGUACUCUUCUCUUACCCGAGGAAGUGCGCAUUAUGGACAUCCAGUUCAAGAAGUAUGAUAUUAACAAAGAUUGCAAUAUCAAUAUGGAGGAAUUCGUAAACUUCAAGAAGCGACGUUAUCGGGACGAGGAAGACGAAGAAAUGACCGAAGAUGAUGUUAAGAGACAGGAAAUUGAAUUUAAAUUGAUGGAUGUUGAUGGAAGCGGGGAGCUCAACUGGUGGGAGUUUAUGAACCACGAAGCAUCCCGUUGCAUUGCCAAGAGGAAGCCAGAAGAUCUGGUGAAACUACUGACAACUAAAGAAAUAUCGGAAAUCCAGUCUUUGUUUCGUAAAUUCGACGUUAACAAUGAUAACGUGAUACACGAAUUUGAAGCGAAAAAGGUGUUUAGGCAGUGGUACAGUCAUUUUGAUUCUGCUCAAACGAGAUCCAGAUCUAUAAGUUUGUCGGGUGGAAUUCAAAGAGAAACAACCUCAUUAGGAUUACAUGUUGACCAGCAAACAAGUAUUCUUAUGGGUGGAGAUCGAGAUAAUGACGGAGUGGUUACAUAUGAUGAAUUUCUACUAGACCAGGCACUGUACAAGAUCUGUAACAGAGUAAACAGGGGCAACAUGAGCUUUCUCAAGAAAUAAGGAAGAAUGGACUGUUGGAACUUCAUAAAUUAUUUGAAUAUGUAGCAUAUGCGAUAACGGAUAAUAAUGAGGGAAGCAUUGAACGAUAGCAAGUGGCCAGGAGUGAAGUGUUAAAAUGGAAAAAGUGAUUAUGACAGUCUAAAUUAAUUUGUAUUGUUCAUUAAUAUUGAAUAAAAGACUGAUGCUUACGUGAAAUCACAAUAUAUUAUACUUUUGAAAAUUACUUGCAUACAUUCAAAUCAAAAUAUAACAACAAUAAAAUAAUUAACACAUAACAACAAAUGGUAUCAAAAACAUGUCAAGAAAACAUUGUACAGUAUCUAUUUACAAAAGUGAUAUACGGAUUUUUUAAGUUUCGUCCAAGUGCAAUCAACUUUUCAGGCGUCAAGAACUUCCUAAUCCGUUUCGCAAGUAACUUCUUCUUUGGCGAUUAUUUGUUUGUAUUGAGUCUAUUUCGUACUUCGCGCUUUGACUCCACUGUCCUGUAGGGAGUUCUUUCUGUUACACUAGCGGUAUUGCUAAUGUCAACAAUGUCAUUUGAAGUAGAUUCUGCAGAGCGUACGUUUGCUAAAGGCAUCAACGCAGAGAUUCCGUGCUUUAUUUUUGUCAUAGAAUUCAAACGUUGGCGCCGCAUGGUAUUACAUAUCUUAGUAUCGAUGUCAAAGAAAUCAACAUCUGUCGGGGAUUGUCUCAAAGGGCGAGUGCCCAUUUUAAUCUUGGGUGAUUUGCAGACGCUUCUUGCUUUAAUACAACCGGCUGUUAUUGCACCACCGACGACGUCUUUUGUCGACCGUUCUGAGUAUUCCUUAUUCGUAUGCUCAAGGGGCGAUGGUUCCUGUACACGGUCACCUAUGACAGUCUGUUCAUCUUGUAUUUGCGUUGAUGGAGCCGCGUGGGAACAACCAACCCCUACAAUCAAAUCAAUGAAAUAAAUAAACAUGAUUUAAUAAAGAUAUAUUUUUAAUUAUUUUUUCCUUGCCCCGCUUGUCAACUUUUUCGGUUGUUCCAAAUAAUUCUACGGUUCGCCAUUCUUAGCUGAUAUUUGUUUGCGAAGAAUUGGAAAAUUAGAAACUAUCUUAAGACUAGAAUAUUCGAAAAAGCUAUGAACAAUUACCUUUUAGAUAAUAAGUAUGCAGCAUUUCGUAGGACAUCUAGUGUGAGUUUCAGAAGCGCCGACAAACAAGCUGACAAACGACCAAACAGACUGAUAGGAUCAGUAUUUGAGAGUUGACUCUGCAUCAAACUAUAAUAAAUGAUAAAUAAGAUCACUGAUCACAUAUGUUUAAUAUUACUGGUGGUUUCACUAUCAUUCUUAAAUUGUGACUCUUUCAACAUAGAUGGACGGACAAUUUAUCGUUGAAAGCCCAUGCUCCCAACAACUUGGGGUUAUAAAAACGUCCGGGAAAAAUUAUAGAAAGUA